AUGCCAUCAGACCAGUCGCCCUAUGCGGGCCCGGCAGCCCUUGGUCACUCGAAGUACGCCAGUCCAGCCCGCAGGAACGCAGCUUUGGCCGCAUUUCCUUCUGCAGACGCUUCCUUCACCAACGCUACUCUCACCCCCACUACUGACAACAUCAUCGCUACUGGGAAUUCUAGUGUUGCCCUUAAAUCGGCCAACAAAGUACCUCAGAAUGCCGACGUCGAGCUUGCUGUUGCCCAGGGCAAUACCUUGAAGGAUGAUAUUGAUAGAUACGCGGCGAGGUUCUCUAGGACUGUGUGCGUCGCUAUGAUCAAUACGCGUCAGCUUCUCGAACUCAUUCGUAAUUCGAUGCAGAAGGACAAUGCGACGGACCUGAAGACCGUCGAAGACCUCUGGCUCCAGCUCGAGCAGCUUUUCGCUGCCGCAAAUGAAGCCAAGGCCGCCUUGCCUGCGUUCUUGGAGAAACAAAGGAACAGCAUGAGUCUAUAUCACGCUUCGAUGAUGAACGACACGAUCCGAGAGACACAAGAGGAGUUGAACAUUCAGCACAAGAAAGUCAACAUUCAGCACAAUCUCAUCCUUGAGCACCAGGAGGCCUUCCUAGAGUACAAGACGCAGACUGCCGCAAAGCUCAAAGAGGUCGAAGACUUCCAGGAGCGAGUCUCCCGCCUUACAUUGGAGAAGGGCAAUUUCCGCACCGAGGUCGACAAAUACAAGCAUUUGCUUGAGAAGGAGAUGACUACGAGGGCUGAAGAUCUCCAGAAGGCCGAUGCUCUGCAGAAGGAGCUCGAAACACUUGCGGCAUCUAAGCAACAGCUCGUUACAGAAACCGAGACCCUUCGCAACGCCCUCAGUGACUUUCAAGAGAAAAUGAAGACCACUGAGCAACAAAUCACUGGUCGUCUUACAGCGGAGAUCCAGGCCACGGCAGAUCAACUAGCGAAGGAGACGCAGAAGACCACAAGUCUCAGUGCCGCGAUCAACACGAUGAAAAACGGCAACAGUACGGCUAGGAUGGAGGCAGACAAAGUCAAGCUCGAGAAUAAGGCACUUACCGAGAAGUACAAGGAGCAAUCUGCCGAGCAUGCGCAGGCUUUCACAAAGCUCACCGAGUUGGCUAAGAAGAAUGAUACCCUGAAUACUGAUAUCGGACGCUUCCAGAAAGAGAACCAUGAACUGAAUCAGCAACUCGCCAAGCUUCCCGAGCUCGAGAAGCAGAAUGCAGAACUUGUCGCAGUGAAGUCAAACCUCUUGGAGCAAGCCCAACGUCUCACUACCGAGCUGAGUACGGCGAAGAUCGACAGUAACCGAGCCACAACCGAGCUCAAUGCUCUUCAUGGAAAGGUCAAAAAGCUCAAUCAGGAGGUUGAGGACUUGGAGAUGGAGAACAAUGAUCUCCUCUCUAAGCAAGGCGAAAACAAGAGGGCGGUGCAAGCUCUGGCUAUCCUCAAGGCUGAAAACUCGAAGCUCGAGACCACAAUCGAUGAGCUCCAGGCCGGCCGUGCAGCGUUCCCUGUUAGUGGCCCUCCAAUUUCGGACCAGGAGAAGAAGGCUUUGGAGGAGCAGAUAAGUCGCCUCGAGGCGAGGAAGACCAGCCUUGAGAGUGCUCUUCAAGAGUGGACUGAUCUAGCUAAACGUUCCUACAAGGAAUACCAGGAAAUGCUUCCGACGUACAAGCAAGCUGAACAGUAUCGCAAGGAUGCGCUCCACAAGGAAGACGUGAUCAAAGGUCUGAAGCUCGAACUCAUCGCGGCCAAGACUUCUCAGUCCAACGGUGUGGGUGCGAAUGGAGAUGCCAACUACUGGAAGGAUAAGUACGAGUCUCUUCUAUCGACUAUUUGCGGCUAGACCUAUACUCAAGAUACGAUGUAUCUGUCUACAUCGCUAGUGAUUGUUAAAGGCAAGCCGGGAUAACUGAAUGCAUGCAGAGAUGAUGAGCUCAAACUUGAGUGUAUGGUGCAUGUAUGACCGGUAGUCAAGUGUGAGGAGAUGUAAAUGCGGACCACUUGAAAGUUCAUAGUUUCUGAAGCAAUCAGAUACCCGUGAUAGACAUCCCGGUGAGUAAUUCCUGUGGCAGAUGAGUCUUUACAUUGU